AUGGCGGACCGAUUCCCUUCGCUGGAGGACUUUGACUCUGGCGCCCAGACCGACAUCAAAGGCACGACCAUCGAGGCAUCUGGCGACGACUUCCUGGCUCGCGAGCGGGCCAUCCUCGGCGACGAUGCCAACCAGUUCACGACCCCCGGCGACAGCGCAGCAUUCACGGCUGGUGGCGACGACAACCUGCUCGGCGGCGACAGCGUAGAGACCGCCCAGUUCGAGAGCAGCUUCCCCGAUCUCUCCGCUCAGAACCAGGCCGCCACCACCACCAUCACCAGCGGGCCGUCCGUCGACUUCAAGUCGGGCUACAACGCCACCGUCGAGGACGAGGAGGAGCCCGAGGUCCUCAAGGCCUGGCGGGAGAAGCGCGACGAGCAAAACGCCAAACGCGCACAGCAGUUUGCCCAGCAGCGGGAGGAGACCAUUGCCGAGGCCCAGCGCAACAUUGACGACUUUUACGAGAACUACAACAACAAGAGAGACAAGCUGGUCGGCGCGACCAAGAAGGAGGCCGAGACCUUCCUCAACAACCGCGACGACGUCACCUCGGGCGGCACCAGCUGGGAGCGCAUUGCCAAGAUUGUCGACGUCUCGGGCAAGGGCGCCAAGGGCGGCGCUGCCGGGUCCGGCAAGGAGCGCUUCCGCGAGCUGCUGAUGAGCCUGCGCAAGGACGAGAAGGCGCCGGGCGCGGAGGGCUACUAG